AUGGUCUUUGGAUCCGUUCGCCGACUUGUAGCUGUCCUGCUUGUUUCGCAGUCUCUGAAUGCUUUAGUUGCGGCUCAGUCAUGUUGGAAUCAAAAUACAGCAAUCAACGGGGCUCCGUUCCCGCCGUUGAUCGAAGCGACAACCGAAGACCUCAUUCGUGGACUCGAAACGGGUCUAUUCACAAGUGUCGAUCUUGUCACGGCUUACAUUGCCCGCAUCACGGAAGUCAACGACACCUUGCAUAUGGUGACUCAGCUAAAUCCUGAUGCUCUUUCCAUCGCAGCCAAACUCGACUCACAGCGAGCGAAAGGCAUUGUGCACGGUCCACUCCAUGGCAUUCCAAUUCUGAUCAAAAACAAUAUUGCCACUGCUGAUGCCAUGGAUAACACUGCCGGUUCCUAUGCGCUCGCCGGAGCCAAGGUCCCCAGGGACAGCACAAUCGCCGCCAAUCUCAGGAAGGCUGGAGCCAUAAUCCUAGGGAAGACUAAUUUGAGCCAAUGGGCAAAUUACCGUUCGUUCAAUACGAGCAACGGCUGGUCGGCAAUCGCGGGGCAGACGGUCGGUGCUUAUUAUCCUGGUCAAGACCCCAGUGGCAGCAGUUCUGGCAGUGGCGUUUCGUCGUCCUUAGGAUUGGCGCUGGCUGCCUUGGGCACUGAGACGGACGGCAGCAUAUUGAGUCCCUCGGAUGUCAACAACCUCGUUGGCAUUAAGCCUACCGUGGGACUAACGUCCCGUUAUCUGGUUGUUCCUAUCUCUGAACAUCAAGACACUGUCGGGCCCAUGGCCCGGACAGUCAAGGACGCAGCGUACGUCCUCUCGGCCAUAGCAGGGAAGUCGUCUUAUGAUAAUUAUACCUCUGCAAUUCCCUUCGACACAAUUCCUGACUACGUCGCCGCAUGCAACUUUUCGGCGCUGCGAGGGAAGAGGAUCGGCGUGCCGCGAAAUCUCAUUGAUCUAUCCUUCGACUCUACUGCGGCGCCAAUCGUUCCAGCCUUCAAUGCCGCGCUGGAUGUCUUGCGUGCUGCGGGCGCCACAGUCAUAGACAACACCAACUUCACCGGCUACGAUGCUCUCAAUGAGGGCAACUACUCUAAUAUCGUCCUUGAAGCGGAUUUCAUAAGCGACCUCGCGAAAUAUCUCUCGGAACUCUCGUACAAUCCCAACCACGUGUACUCUGUGGCGGAUGUUCGCAACUUUACACAUUCAUUCCCUCUGGAAGACUGGCCCGAGCGCGACACACUGGUCUGGGACGGUGCGUUGGAACUUGGCUAUAACAACACCUCGCCGGAGUUCUGGUCGAACUAUACGAUGAAUACCUACUUGGCUGGUCCCCUCGGAGUCACAGGCGCGCUUGCAAACUACUCACUAGAUGCUCUGGUAUUACCGACAGAGUUUUCGCCCAAUUUCCCUGCACUGAUUGGGUCCCCUGUUGUUACGGUGCCCCUCGGAGCGUUCCCUCCUAAGACAGCGGUUACUCUCAAUGGGUUUGGCAACCUGAAUGCCACGGCACCAAACGUUCCUUUCGGGAUCAGUUUCAUGGGGCCUCAUUUCAGCGAGGAGUUGCUCAUCGGGCUUGCAUAUGCAUUUGAGCAAAGAACUCUUGUCAGAAACACUAUUACGCCUUACAUACAGCCCACAGUGGAGCUUGUGGAUGUGGUCAAUGCGAGGUUGAACAAAACAGGUGUCUAG